AUGAACCAAAUUUAAUAAGGAGAUGUAAUUGAUAAUCAAUAUGAAAUAAUUAAAAGAAUAUCAUAAGGUUCAUUUGGAAUUGUGUAUAUUGGGAGAUGCAUGAAAAGAAACAAAAAUGUUGCAAUAAAGGUGGAAAGGCAAGAAAUGGCAAGUUUUAGUAGUUUAAAUAAAGAAGUAUUAUAGUUUGUCAAAUUAGAUUGAAAUAUUGACGUUAUUGGAAGGAGUUUCUUAGAUUCCUGAAUUAUAUUGGUAUGGUCAAUUCAAGAAAUGCAACGUUAUGAUAACAAGAAUGCUUGGACACGAUUUAACAUAUUUUUAAAAGCAAUAUUAGAAGUUUUCAACCUAAUGUGUGUACAACAUAGCUUUCUAAUUGCUAUGGAUUUUAGAACAAAUACACAAAAGGUUAAUUAAUAAAUAAUUUAUAGGAAUAUAAUACAUAGAGAUCUCAAACCUGAAAAUAUAUUAAGCAAAGCCGAUAGCGACAAGAUCUUUCUUAUUGAUUUUGGAAUAUCUCGAAAUAUAAAUUAAAAAACCAAGAAAAAAAAGAAGAUAUCCUUUAUUGGUACUAGUAGAUAUGCAAGUUUGGCUGCUCAUUAAGGGAUAGAUUAGACAGCAAAGGAUGACUUAGAAUCUUUAGGUUACUUGUUAAUAUACUUAUUAAAAUAACGUUUGCCAUGGAUGAAUAUCGAAAAAAAUGAUACACAGAGAUUAGAAAAAAUAGGAAAAUUAAAAUAAGAAACAAAAAUUGAAGAGUUGUGUUCAGAAUGCCCAAAUUCUAUUUUAAAGUAACCAUAUCAUUAAAUUAAGAUAUAUGAGAUAUGUUAAAGCAUUGUCGUCAUAAUAAAAACCAUCAUAUGCAAUGCUAAGGGGUCUGUUCCUUACGACUUUACACAAUAUUUCAGAUUAAGGAUUGGAUUGGACUAUUUAAAAAAGCAGGUCUCAUAAGCAAAAAGGUCAUAAAAAAUUGAAAAGCACAUAAAAUUCAAAUUAUUAAAGCUGUGGUACGAUAAGAAGGUAAUUAAAUAACUAAAAAUAUAUAGGGAAUUCUUAGGAGAGAAUUUGUAACCUCAAAAUGUUAAAACCUUUGGUGCUUAAGAUGAAUUAGUCGGAACAUCGGAUAACGGGAGCAGUGCAUAAUAAUACAGUGCAAUAACUAAUUAAGGUAGUAUAAAGAGUAUUGGAGUGGGAUAUUCCUUAAGCGAUUUGCAUGAAGGAUUAGGUGUACAUCAACAAAACAUUUAAAUUGCUUAAAUUUCUACCUUUGAAGGUAUAGUCGAACAUGAUCCAGGUAUGACCUUGAAAGCUGAAUAGCAAUUGAUGGAAAGAGAGAAUCAAGAUUUAGAAAUAAAAUACAAUCUACUCCAUUUCAAAUCAGUUUACUUCAACUUCAAGAAUCCAAUCUAAAGAUCGAUUUUGCAAUCGAAUGAUAUCAAGAAAAAGCCAUGA